AUGGAUCAAGUGCAGGUUUUAUCGGCAGUUUGCAAGAAAUUGAACAGUGAUAUCGAAGCAUUGGGCAGUCAAACCGCAAUGCGAGAGAGUUCACUAGCGAAAUUGAGUGGAAAUCAACAAGCAUUUGACGAGCAAUUAAGACAAUUAAAUAUGGAUUUACAGAUCAAAAUGUCGCGAACGGAUGCGAUUGUACAAAAGUUACAGAAUGAUGUCGAACAAAUGUCUCAUGGCUUACGAGAAGUGAUCAACAGUCAACAGGAAACCAAUCGAUCGAGUCUACAACGUUAUCAAGAGAUCAAAGUCGAAAUUUCAUCACUGAGUCAACGUGUUGAUCGAAUGUUCAACGAACAGCAAACACUCUUACGGACAUUCGAAACUGAUACAGCUCGAGCUUUGUCAACAGCUGAUUCUCGUUCACAUGCAUUUGUUGAUGAACUGCGAAAUCAGAUACUUCAAAGCAAAACACAAGAAGAUGCAGAACGGGAACGUGCGGAACAGAAAAUGAAUCAAAAACUCGAGGAAAUUAAACGAUCAUUGGAGAAAUAUGAACGUUUGGAUAAACGAAUUGACGAUGCUAUCCAUCAAUUUGAAAGAAAAUCGGUGGCAUUAGAAGACCAAUGCCGACGAGCAAUAUCCGAUUUACAACGAAACAACGAAUCAGUGGAGAAAACUGUUUACAAGAAAUUCGAUGAAAAGUAUCAGAAAACAAUGACCAAUCUGGAUAAAGUAAAGAAAGAGAUGCGCGGUUGUUUCGAAUCACUCGAAGGUUCGGUCGAAACCUUACAGCGCAUCACCGAUGGACGAAUUAAGGUAACAGAAGAAAAAUUAGAUAGGGAAAUUGAAAAACUUCGAAGCAUGACCGUUCUUAUUUAA